AUGUCGUCGCGCAGCAAGCGUCGUGCCGACCAGGACGAGCCAAAAAAAGCGACUCGGAAAACGACGAAACGCCAGGCCGACUCGGAAGAAGAGGGAGAUGACUCUGAUGCAGCGGUCGAAGAUGAUGAGCUCGGCUUCCUCGACAAGCGAAAUAUCAUCACGGGUGGGCGGAGGACCCGUGGAAUCCGUAUAGAUUACACUAAGGUGGAAGGGUUCCAGCAGGACGAUGAUGAUGAAGAGGAAGAGGAAGAACGUCCAAAGAAGAAAAGCAGGAAGGAGCCUGCACGUCGCACUGCCCCGAGCCCGAGUUCGAGCUCAAAGCAGAAGAAAAUCCAGCCUCCUCCCCCAAAAGGAAAGGCUCCUGUUUCCAAGACGUCACGAAGAGUAGUGUCAGAAGAGGAAGAAGAGGAAGGGGAGGAAGAUGGGGAAGAUGCUAGUGAGGCUGAUGACGAAGAGGCUGACCAGGACGACGGUGACGACGACGAAUGA